CAGAAAAAUGUAACAGUCAGAAAAAAACUGAGUCGCUAUCCGUACACAUCAUGAUCGGCUCUACCUCAACUAGGAAUAUAUUAUUCCGUUCUAUGCAAUCCUCCCUCAAGUCCAUUACAAGAUUCAAAAACACUGCAUCAAUACAAAUGCAACUCCAGAGAAAAAGAAUAAAAAAAUUCCCAUUGCGAUUAAUAUAUUUCCUGGCAAUGUAAUAAACUGAUGAAAAUCAUAAUGGUAAUCACAACGGUCAGCAAGCAAUACAACUAGAAAUGCAGACAAACCAUUUCAUGCUUCUGUAAUUCGGCAAUAUCUGAUGGCAGAACCCUAAACCGUUGUUCUGAAAAUUGGGCUUUGGUUAGGGCUUUGCGUUAAAAACGUAAAAAUCCAACUAUUUUGCACCAGAGGAAUCAAGGCUUGUAUCAAAUCCCGAGAAUAUUUCAAGCACAGGAAACGCAGUUUAUAAUAAAAACCCCAGAUUUUUCAAGAAGAGAUUUUAGCGAACGCAUAUUUUCUCCAGGGAUGGCAGAAGCUUUGGUUUCUUCAGCAACACUGCCUUGGGAAGAAUGUUUCCGUUAUUCUCAAAUUCGUACCGGUUUUUCAUCACGUAGAUGCCUUUUCAAGCCUAUGCACUUAAGUCCGUCAACAAAGAAAGUGCAGUGUAGUGUCAGUUGCAAGGCUAUAGAUGAGGCAGCUUAUUUCUCUCCUACUAAUACAGGUCAUGGAUAUAAAACGAGAAGAAAAGGACCUUUCGCCGCGGUUAAUACAGGGAGGUUGGAGAAGUUUGAUUUUGAUGUUGUGAUUGUUGGAGCAGGAAUAAUUGGUUUAACUAUUGCUCGACAGUUCCUGCUGAAUACCAAUCUCUCCGUUGGGAUUGUCGAUGCAAAAAGGCCGUGUGCUGGUGCUACUGGUGCUGGUCAGGGAUAUAUUUGGUUGGGGUAUAGGACCCCAGAGAGUGAUAAAUGGGAGCUGGAAGCCAGAAGUAAACAAUUGUGGGACAAAUUUGUGGGUGAGGUAGAGGCUUCAGGCCUUGAUCCCUUAAAAGCUCUCGGAUGGAAGAAAACAGCAGGCAGCUUGUUAGUUGGCGCUACAUCAAAAGAGUCUGUUAUGUUGCAAGAGAGAGCAAAGUUAUUAUCUAAAGCUGGUAUUAGAGCAGAGUUCAUUCCUGCUUCUAAUUUGCAUCAAGUGGAACCUGCACUUGAAAUUGGAAAGGAAGGAGGGGCUGCUUUUAUUCCUGAUGACAGCCAGAUAGAUGCCAGACUGUCUGUGUCCUUCAUAGAGGAGAACAACAAAGCAUUUGUUUCACAAGGCAGAUAUGAAGAGUUUUUUGAGGACCCAGUUGUCAAUUUCAUAAGAUCUAAACGUGCUGGACAUGUUGAAGGAGUGCAGACCUCAAGUCAUGUAUUGUAUGGUAAUAAAGCAGUGAUAGUUGCAGCAGGAGCUUGGAGUUGUUCAUUAAUUGGAAAGCUGGCCAAAGAAUUAAAUUUUCCAUUGCAUGUUCCUGUUAAGCCUAGGAAGGGACAUUUGCUUGUCUUGGAAAGACAUCAACCAUUUCAUUUAAACCAUGGUUUGAUGGAGAUUGGCUACAGUGAUCAUCAGAUUGCUUCAAGCUUGCAAGACGAUUCUUCUGUGGACAACAGUUUUUCUUCUCUUGAUACAUUGUCAGUUUCGAUGACAGCUACCACAGAUUCCCAUGGCAAUCUUGUUCUAGGCAGCAGCCGCCAAUUUGCAGGAUUUGAUUGCCAAAUGGAAAAAGCAGUUGUAAUCUCAAUACUGGAACGUGCUGCAAAAUUUCUGCCGGCUUUGAGUAACAUUUCCCCUCUUCAACUUACACAAGAUGGUCAUAUAAGGAUUGGUUUACGACCUUACAUGGCUGAUGGAAAACCAGUCAUUGGACCUGUUCCCAAUUUACCAAAACUUAUGCUGGCAACUGGUCAUGAAGGUGCAGGGUUGUGCAUGGCUCUAGGAACAGCUGAAAUGGUUGUUGAUAUGGUUUUGGGUAAUUCUAUGAAAGUUGAUCCAAGACCUUUUUCUCCGGUGGGCAGAUGCUGCAAAUAGCAUUUGCUUCAUACUAGUCAAACUUUUUAUUAUAGUGAUCUUUUCUUGCUUUCGAAAGCUCUUACUAAUUUUAGAGAAAAAACCAUUUCUAUACCUUAUUGACUUGGUUUGGAUGCAUACAACUGGAAAGCUAUGGCAGUUUACAUAAGUUCAUUGAUAGCCUAGUAGGAGGUAAAUUAGAAACAAGUAAUGGUAUUUUUCUGGAGAGAUGAAUAGUGCCAAGAUGGAGUAAGUUUUUUUAUAUUCAAAAUCUUUGCAGAAAGUAAGCAUUUUCA